AAACCAGCCAGCGACGUCGUUCCGUUGUUACCUAAUCUACCGCACCAGUGUCUUAAAAGGGUCCUCCUGUCUAAAACCCCGGAGAAACCCUCAAAAACACACAGUUACACACACUAGUGCGUGUUCUUUUCAAAAAUCAAUGGCGUGUGUAGCGUUGAGAAAUCAAAAUACAAAACGAAUCGCUCGAAUCGCUACUUCUAUAAUCAACUCCAAUGUCUCCCAAUCGCUGCUGCAUCGAAACGACGCCGCUGCGGCCUCAUGGUGGAGAUCUAUGGCCACUUUCACCCGAACUAAACCUCACGUAAAUGUAGGAACAAUUGGACAUGUCGAUCAUGGAAAGACAACUUUAACUGCGGCAAUUACAAAGGUGCUAGCUGAGGAAGGAAAUGCGAAGGCUGUUGCCUUCGAUGAAAUUGACAAGGCCCCUGAAGAGAAAAAGAGAGGAAUCACCAUUGCGACGGCCCAUGUUGAAUAUGAGACAGCCAAGCGACAUUAUGCCCAUGUAGAUUGUCCAGGUCAUGCUGAUUAUGUCAAAAACAUGAUUACUGGAGCUGCUCAAAUGGAUGGUGGUAUUCUGGUUGUAUCUGCCCCUGAUGGUCCUAUGCCGCAGACGAAGGAACAUAUUCUGCUUGCACGCCAGGUUGGUGUGCCAUCACUGGUCUGCUUUUUAAACAAAGUUGAUGCCGUUGAUGAUCCUGAACUACUAGAACUUGUGGAGAUGGAGCUCCGAGACUUGCUCAACUUUUACAAGUUCCCUGGAGAUGAUAUCCCAAUAAUAAGAGGUUCAGCCUUGUCAGCUUUACAGGGUACAAAUGAAGAAAUAGGAAAGAAGGCUAUAUUAAAAUUGAUGGAUGCUGUAGAUGAAUACAUUCCAGACCCUGUCCGCCAACUUGACAAGCCUUUUUUGAUGCCAAUAGAAGAUGUUUUCUCUAUUCAGGGGCGUGGAACUGUUGCCACUGGCCGUAUUGAACAAGGGAUGAUUAAAGUUGGGGAGGAUGUUGAGAUCAUGGGGUUGAUGCCGGGUAAUCUGAAGUCUACAGUAACUGGUGUCGAGAUGUUUAAGAAAAUAUUGGAUCAUGGGGAAGCUGGUGACAAUGUGGGGCUUUUAUUACGUGGCUUAAAAAGGGAUGAUAUUCAACGAGGACAGGUGAUUGCCAAGCCUGGUUCUGUGAAAACAUACAAAAGAUUUGAAGCAGAAAUAUAUGUCUUAACAAAGGAUGAAGGUGGUCGUCAUACUGCUUUUUUCUCCAACUACAGGCCUCAGUUUUACUUGAGAACUGCAGAUGUUACUGGUAAAGUGGAACUGCCUGAAGAUGUCAAGAUGGUUAUGCCUGGGGACAAUGUGACUGCUGUAUUUGAGCUAAUCACUCCAGUGCCACUUGAUGCAGGACAAAGGUUUGCCUUGAGAGAGGGAGGUAGAACUGUUGGUGCUGGAGUAGUUUCUAAAGUGUUGAGCUGAGAUCCUGAGAUAUGAUGCAUUAUGUAUUAUGCCUUUCCUCUUUCCGUACACCAAAUAGGGACCAAGGUGCCAGUAAACAUUUACCGUGGAAAAAGGAAGUGAUUCAAGCUGGCAAGUUGCUACAUUUAAAACCUUUGCAGAUACAUUUAUGGUUGCUUAAGACUGUUUUAGUUCAUAUAUAUGAUUAAUGAAUAAGUUCAUGGCCGCUGAAGACUAUUAACCACCUUACUUGGAUGCAUUCCCAGAUCCUGUUCUUGAACUGUUUCUGACUGAGGUGGUCGGUUUUUUUUACUACAAUCUUCUGUUGAGGAUUUUCGGAAUGUUCUGCAUCUGUUUAUGCUGUUUCAUCUGCAAAUAUGGUUUAGAACACAGAAAUAAUUUUUUUGUUACACUUUGAAAUCAAUUCAAUUGUUUAGUCAUAAA